CCGUUAUCUCCGCUUUAAAACCAACCAACCCAAAUGCAUUUCGCUUGCAUCGAUAGUAAUAUAUAUAUAUAUAUCCAGUCCAGAUAGUAAAAUUCAGUGUCGUGUUUGCGAUUAAAAACCAUUUUUGUUAUCUUGAAGUUGUUCAAACCAUAAUCAUGGAUAACAAAGGAUAUCCCCAGCCCCCUCAAGCAGGAUACCCCGGGCCACCACCCCCGGUUUAUCCACAGCCGCCCCCGGGCUACGGCCAGCAGUAUGGGUAUCCUCCCCCUCAACAGAACUUCAGCGCCAUGUCCUCCAACCAAACUGUGGUGGUAACCAACCAGCCAACAGGCGGGACCUUCGCUGUGGUUGCCCGACCCCCGGACUACAUGGUCCCCUCCGUGCUGGCAUGCCUCUUCUGCUUCUGGCCCACUGGACUGUUCGCCAUUUACUUCGCCCUACAGGCUAAUACGGCGGUUGCUAGAGGUGACAUGGGUAAUGCCAGUCGAUACUCAGCAUUGGCCCGGAACCUAAUGAUCAGCAGCAUUGUGGUCGGUGUGGCCUGGAUAACCCUUGUCAUCGUUUUGGAAGUUGCCGUCGUCGCGAGAACGUGUGCAAACAUAAAUGGGUAUUGCUAGUGAAAUUGCCAUGCAGUUGUCGAAGUUAGUCCAUAGAGACAACUCAAGAACAAUACAACAUCGUCUUCAAGUAUAGAGGACAUUGUAACAUGCAUUUCCUUGCUUUUGUGAAAUGUAUUUUGGUAAUUGCUAUUAAAAUGUCUAUUAUACAAUUAAUUUCGGCAUAGCUGUUAGAUGGAUUUUGACCUAAAUUUAUUUUGCUAAUUAUACGAAAUGUCAACCGUGACUGCAAAUAGAUUUGCGCUAAUGUUAAGUUUUAUGCAAACUUAACACACCUGUUUCAUCUUUAACAAUAACUGCACAUUUUUUAAUUUCAAAUGGUUGUUGAAAUAAGAUGUGAAUAAAAUGAUACAGAUGUGA